AUGGACCCCAUUAGCAUAGAGAAGAUCAGGGCCAUGAGGAAGUACAGGAGGAACAGGAAGCAGCAGCAGCUGCUGCUCCCUGCUCUCGCACCUUACCUGGUGGCCACCUGUGGCGUCCUCUGCCUGCUGCUCACCAGCCCUGCCUGGUUCCCCGGGGUGUGCUCGCUCCUCGUCUCCUUCCUCCUCACCACCCUCCCUGACCUGGCCACGGCCUUCCUGCUCAGCCCCAAGUGCCUCUUCGUCGUCGGCAACCUCAUCGUCGCCUUCCUCAUCGCCCAGUCUAGGCUAGCUCCGAAGAGCCAGCCCGCUUCCGUUGUGGAUGUCGAUGACGUCCACGAGGAGCAUGUGAAGAGGAACGUCGCUCCGACUAUCGCAAAGGCUGCGACGAUGACCACGGUGAUGUUCUCUGAUCACAGUGCUUCGGUUGAAGCAGUUUGGGAGGGGGAGAAGGAGAAGGAGGAGGAGGAGGAGGAGGAGCAGGGAGAGGAGGAGCUGGAGAAGAGGGUGGACGACUUCAUCGCUAGGGUGAAGAGGCAGAGGAAGCUCGAAGGCAAGAGCUUCUUCGACACCGAUCGAUAG